AUGGGCAACGGAGCGAAGGCUUCAAUGAAGCGCGAGCGCGAGCGCAACCAGAAUCAAACCAAGUCUGCUAAAUCCCAGACCAAGAGCAACGAGAAGGCCUGCAACAUUCAGUGCCAGGUGUGCAGACAGACAUUCCUCCAGACCACCAAGGCCCCCGCGUACGUGAUCCUCAGCCUCCAGCUUCUUGUGUCCUUAUCGCCACGAACACCACUCUUCACGCUGGCUUUUGGACUAAAUCUUACUAACGAACGCCUUCCAUCUAGUCUCCUCGAGCACGCCUCCAACAAGCACAAUAAGGGCCUCGCCGACUGCUUCCCCGGCAUUAGCGCAUAA